CCGCCACCAAUCCCACUUUAUCCCACCGCAGUGGCCUAGGUUGUGACGCCGUGUGAGGUCGUAGGUUGCCGUUGGGUUUUGAACUUGUGCCUGUACGACCGGAUCCAAGCCUGCUUGUGCUGGUUAGGUCUCAUCUCCAAGAGCGAAUGCACAGUUAACGUCUCCACGAUGACUUCCAGGUCCAAGGAGAAGAUGGCAGCAGCGUUCCGCAAGUUGUUUCGUUCUUCAGACAAGCUGGUGGAAGGGGAAGGGGGGAGCGGCCAAGCCAAGUCCGGAGGAUCGCCGGCACGUCGUCUGCUCAGCAGGCACCGCGACAUCGUGACUCCGGCAGAGGCCGGCCCCCUGGAGCCCCCGGCACGCGCAGGACUGUUCAAGAAGAAGCCGGCACCAGGCGCGACUCCCGAGACCUUCACACAGAAAACUGUCCGAACUCGGCGACUCAUGAAAGAGCUGAAAGACAUCCAGAGGAACGAGAGGAAGGAAGAUCCCGUGUUCACAGUAAGCCUUGUGAACGACAACCUGUUCGAGUGGCAUGUUCGGCUCCACCGCAUAGACUCGGAGAGUGAUCUCGCCGCAGAUAUGAGGGAGCAGCACAUCUCACACAUCUUGCUGCACCUUACGUUUCCUGACAACUUCCCCUUCGCACCGCCGUUCAUGCGAGUCAUCUCGCCGCGUAUAGAGAGGGGCUUCGUCAUGGAAGGAGGGGCUAUCUGCAUGGAGCUGCUGACUCCCAGGGGUUGGGCCAGCGCCUACACCGUCGAGGCCAUCAUCAUGCAGUUCGCCGCCAGUAUUGUCAAGGGCCAGGGGAGAAUAGCCAAGAAGUCGAAAAGCAGCAGUAAGGACUUCACACGGCGUUCUGCGGAAGAAUCAUUCCGCAGCUUGGUGAAGACCCACGACAAGUACGGCUGGGUCACACCGCCACUCUCUGACGGAUAAGUCAGCUGACUCCGCAGCUACGUCAGAGUGUCUGAGACUAUUUCAGGUUAAUACUGUACAUGUUACAUCAUGAUCUCUGAGUCUGGGCACUGGCAAGCAUAUUUAUUAAUAUACAUACAUUCUUCUUAUGUUCUGAAUCAUGGAACCAAUUAAAUAAAUUCUAAGUUAAGAUACAAUAUACUCUUGAGUGAAAUUAAAGUGUAGAAAAUAUGGUGACAAGUAAUUUUUGAUAAAGGAUAAUAUCAAAUCCGGGUAUUAGAAAAAGUUCUGUAACAAAUAGUACAUUUUUCAUUAAAUAUUGGCAGUGGUUGUCUGCUAUUGAGAUAACGUAUAAAUUUAAACCUCCAAGAGAUUUAAUAAAAUAACAAUGAUCACUUCCAAAUACAUAUGAUGCUGACUAGAAAAUGGAUUAUAAUCAUUGAUAAUACACUAUACCACAAUUGUUCAAAGGUGGAUCCUAUUAGAAGAUGAAAUGUGUGUUGUAUUUUGACAUAAACGAGCAGGCAGUGAUGUUAGCACUUCAGACCAACUCAUUACAACAUUCUAAAUACAACGUUUCAUUAGUUAAUCUUUAAAAAGAUUUAAUAAUCCACAUAAUUCAAUAUAACUAAUAAUAAAAACAGUUGAAAAUAUAAUAUGUUAAUUUAUUAAAAAUAGAAACAAAUAAUACUCAAUAAUAACAACUUAUGCGGGCUAACAAAAGAUUUUCCUCUGUUUAUAUCUAUCUGUAUUGAGACUAAUACAUUUUUAUAAAACUGUGCCAUUUGGAUGUACCGUGCAGGGUGUCCACUUGUCACAGUGGGGAUGUGGCAUUAGAGUGACAGUGGGCAUUGUGAGGUGAGUUGCAAUGGAUUGAGUUUUGGAGUUUAGCUUUUGUUGCAAAAUCUCAGUGUCUCGUAUUGUGCUUUACCUUAGCGAUAACACAAAAUAUAAUCAUUUUUAAAGCAGAUGCUGGAAACUGAGGAUUUUUCUGCUGGAAACCCUUUCAUAAAACUGUACUAGCAACACUUUACUUGUCAUCAUUCUUUUCUUGUUUAUUUAUUAAAAUGAUGAAAAAUGAGGGGAGUGGACCUCUUACUGUAUUUUAAUUAUUUUUUGUGGCCAAACGUACAUUAUCUGCUACAAGUGAUUAUUUAAUUAGUUGUAUGAUUCUAAAUUAUUUUAUUGUAAUAAAUUUAGUUGAAUUUGCAAGCUAUAUUUACAAUUGUGAAUUGUAUUAACCCUCUCCCGGGCAAACGCCUCGAAACGCCUCGGCAGGGCGCCUGGCUCAAAAGUCCAAACGCCUCCAAUCGCCUCCAACUGCUGUAUCAACGCCCUCUGCUUUGUGCUGCUGUCAUACGGUUGUUUAGGGAACUAAUACUGGAAAUAUCUAUUGGCAGUGUCAUUGUUGCCUUGUUUAUUCAUAGUUUUAUGACUAGGGACGCUAUCUAGGAUUAAUAAUUUGAAACGGUUCAUUGAUUACUUCAUUGACGGUGAUCUAGUUGUUUAGUAGUAAUUCUUUCUGACUUGUGCUGCUAUGUUACGUAAUUUGAUGAACUAUUUGAGACUUUUUAUAACCACUCAUUUACUGAAAUCAUUUUGUUAGUUGUUUUCAGAAUCAAUCAAAACAAGAUUUUUCAUGUAAGUUUGACUUUUUGUUUAAUUUUAAUUUACCUCAUAAGUAUAAUAUUUAAAAAAAAUAAAUACAACAUUAUUAUAGAGGAUUUAAUCAUCUUUGUAACGAUGCACAAUACAUAAUAGUUUCAUUAAAAUAAAGUUCUUAACUUAGUAAAAACGCGAAUAAGUGUCCCCUCGUAUCAGAGCGCCCGAUAUAAUUCAGCCCAGUAGCGCCAAAAGCACGUCGCGGUAUUCGACCGGGAGAGGGUUAACUAACAAUGUAAAAUAAUAAUUUAGUGUUUUGCUUAUAGUGUUCAGAACUACAGAGAACAUGAUACGUAACAUGAGCGUUUAUAGUGUUAAGUAAUUGUGUUUCAUUAUUAUAUUUCCUCUAUACUAUAAGUGUGCCAAACAUUGGUUAUGUCUUUCAGUGCUGUCUUAGCAAACCAGCAAUACGUGUGGUUGUCUCUGUAAUGUAGUCUGGAGUUUGCGGUGUACCAGGCGGUAGAUAGAACAAAACUUCACAGUACUUCCUUAACUUUGUUGUUAUUUGAAAUAUUUUUUGAUCUGGUUUCUUGGCAUCUUAUUCUGAGACAGAUAUUUUAUGUAAAAUGGAGUUAAAUAUAUACAUAUUGUAACCAAAGGAAUAGAUAAGUUUUGACUUAAUUUGUCAUUCGGGUACCUAUAUUUGAAAAUUACCAAGAUGUAUUUUAUGAAUUUUAGAAAAUCAAUAUUCUUUUAUAUUUUAUCCAAACAUUAGUUUUUAGAUUAAAACACAAAAGAUGUCUAAACAGUUUAAAUUUAAUUUUGGGUAAAAAUUAAACAUAAAACUGUGGUAAUUGCCGUUCAAAAGAUCAAAUUUUUUAUAAAACUCACAAUUUACAUAUGAUUUAUAAAUACUUUCAGAGACAACAUUUUCAUUUAGUAUUUAUAAAAAAAUAUAUCUUUUUGUUUAAAUACAAUUAGUCCAAACUUGUUCAUACAGCAUUAAUGAUAAAAUUAGCCAUUAGAUGGUUAAAAUUUCAUAAACCAAAUUUACAUGAAAAUUCUCUUUCAAAAACAAAGAUAUUUUUUGAUUUUGUACAAAAAUGAAAUUAUAACCGUGGAGAACCCUAAAGAUUUGUAAUGUAGAUAUAGUAAAACACAUUAUUGUAUAUAAGGUAAGAAAUUUGUGCCUAAUUUUAGUACUACAUUACAGACGCAAUUAUUUGAAGUUGAUGGUAUCAAGCCUAUUUCUGAUACUUCAAAUUUUGGAUAGCGCCAACUGUGAUUAAAAUUUUUCUUCCAGUUGAUAUUGAUAAAAACUGUACAGCAGUAUAACACACAUAUACCUACUGCUAGGUUGACAUUCAGCAUUUAUAACUUUUUUUUUCCCUUGGGGCGGCCUUCUGCCAUGCACUUAAGCCUCAAGGGCUUUUUGCACACCCCGGAAACACACCAUGAGGCCCACCAGUCUACAAUUUCAGCAGUUCCACAAACCGCCGAAAACAACCUAUCAAGUCCUCCUGGGAAAAUUCACCACCCCUGUCCAAACUACCAAAGAUGGCAUACCGCUCUUGCUAUUGUGGGGCAAUCAAAGAUCAGGUGCUCAGCAGUCUCCUCCUGCUCAUUACACCUUCUACAGAGCGGAUCCUCCUGAAGGAUGCUUAUAACUUUAGAAUUUAAUGGAUUCUUAAUGAAAAUCGUUUUUUGGUUUUUUCAAUAUCUUCAAAUUAAGCAUAUAAUUUUUGCUCAUUUCAAAUUGAGAGUCAUCUUAUUCCUUCGUGAUAAGUUAUGGAGCUGCUGUUUCAGAAUAAGUUUGCUGCGAACUGAGAUCAUACAUCUCAAAUAAUAAACAAGUGGAGGUAAAUGUAAGUCACUUGUCAGCUACCUUGCGUAGUACAUCAGCAGAACGUUGAGGUACAUAAGGAAGAUGAAAGAAGUAGUAUUUAUUGAAUCUGAGUUGGGGUGCAAUGUUUUUCUGAACAAUAUAGGCUGCUCUCUCCUUAAAAGCGGAUGAAAAGAUGCACAACUCUUCAGACUCUCCUGUCUGCCAAAACGUUUCUGCAUUGCGAAAAAUUGGGUUGCAUUUCAAUGACAAACAAACAUCAAUAUAUUGUAUGUUAAGCUAGGUUAUCCACCUGAGAUGUCCAUUAUUGUUGGUAGUAUAGGUUAGGCUUUCAGACGUUUGUCCAUUUUCUAGUAAAUAAAACAUUUUUUUAAUAUUUACUUAAGCGUAUAUUAUAAAUGUGAUAUGUAAACGUUUGAAACCAAGAGUGUUAAACCUAGUUGAAACGGGGUUUCAUGCUUAGUUGUUUACUGUUUAAACGUUAUUUAAAUUAAAUUCAUGAUUUUUAUUUUAAACUUGUAGAUUAUAGGUUUUUUUUAGUUGCAGUUACUAUACGUUAAUUUGAUAAACCUACCUAUGUAAUGGUGCAAGUUGAUUUUCUAUGUUUGUUCAAACAAAGGAAAAAGAAACAACUGAUGUUUUUUCUAUAAAUACAUCUGAAUUCAAACUUGAUACAUUUUGUAAGACAAAUUACAUUCUUGGAAAAAGUAUGAAAAUACUUGAUUACUGCUUAUAUUUAUUACAUCCAUUAAUAUUAUUUAUCACGUAAAUUUAUUAUGUUGUUCGUAACAUCAUUACGAAUUUUGUAUUUAAGUAGACAAUUUCAUUUUAGUUGUAGGAUUAAGUGAAAAAUGUAUUGAACCUUAUAAAACAUCAAAUAAGCCUGUUGCAAAUAAUAUGAGACACUAGGAGUCCAUUUACUACAUUCCUUUUUACAUUUUUGUACUUUACAAAUUUUUAUAAUCUUUAAAGAUUGUCGUCCGGGGUUCUCUUCCGCCCCUCGCUCAAUACUCAGCCGAGCAGUGUGAUAUUGUUUACUGUAGCAACAUACAAGUAGCUUUAGCCGUACCGUACAAUAUGUUAAUGGUAUUUGUAUUUCAAUAUUACAAAUUUGUGUCCUAAUGGGGAAGAGAUGUACAGCGAGAAAUUUUAAUUUUAUAAUGGAUAAUUUAUGUUUGUUCAGAAAAUAUGAUAAGUUGUCUGUCAUUUGAUGCUGUAUUAUCUCUCAAAUGAUAACAGCAUGUAUUACUACACGUCCAUUAUUGCAUCACCUUUAUAGAUGUGAGUUUUGAUUAUCCAGAAUCUGAACCGUCAAAUUGAUUUCAAUAAGUCACAGCGAGAAGUUGAAAAGGUACAGUUUCAAUGUGUAAUAUACUUACUAUUGCUUUGAUCAAAUGUUCAGGAAGUUUUACCACUUUACUUCUGCCUCAUAUAAUUUUAACAAUUUGUGUAAAAAAUUAUUGAGCGUAGUGAACACAAAAAAUCAAAAAGGAUAAAAAACAUAAACCCAACUUAUUUAAUAACUUGAAGUGUUAAAUAUAGAUAAUAAAUGGUUUUGCUGUUAUAAAAAUUAAAAUGACAAUAGUUUUAUAAAAUGUUACUCGUUGUGUCUGAUAGAUUAGGUAAGUGUCCAGCAGACUUGAAUGUAUGCCGUUCAUGUUCAUGUAUUCUCAAUUUUUUUAAAUGUAUUCACAUGUAAUCUGCAGUUGCAACUUCAAUAUUCUUUUGUAAUAUUAAAGUGUUUAUAAAUGUUACCAAAAAUAAAAUACAUGCAAAGCGA